AUGGCGGCACACCCGUCCUCCACCUCGACACCACAACCGCCUCCUCCCUCUGCGCCCUCCUCCUCCUCCUCCUCCUCCUCCCCAUCUCUCUCCAAACCGCAAGCUCGCCAGCAACAGCAAAAACCAUCGCAGCCGCAGCCACCGCUCAAGCAGAAGAUGGCGCUCGGCCUCAAGUCGCUCUUUGGGAAGCUCGGGGUCGCUGGCGGCGGCUCCCAGCCCACGGCGGCGAAGAUGGCGGAGCUCUUCCCGCCGACGGACCCGGCGGUUGACGGCGAGGACUGCGACCACGACUGCGAGAGCUGCCAUGUGUCGUACCCGCGCGGCUUUAAGAUCGACGAUGAGGAUUUGCUGUACGGCCACAUCAAGGGCUGGAGCACGCACGUGCUAGUUGCCACCGGCAAGACCGACUGGGUGCGCGACGUUGAGGACGAGAAGGGGAGUGUCAUGCAGGCCUUUGGGCGCGCGGAGAAGCCGGAAAAUGGGCGCCUCAUGCUCUCCGCCUCCAACAUCCCGACGCCCUCGCACCAUGCCGACUACGCCGAGCCCACGACAAUCGUGCUCCUCCCCGCCUUCACCAUCAUCGAAAACGUCACGCCGGCCGCGGUUCCCGCCCUCAUCUCCGCAUACAUCAACCGCGCACCCACCAACACCGACCCGCUAUCCCCAGUCUCACUCCCGAAAUCCUUACCCCUACCCGACGACGUCAAGCUCCAGCACCCCGAGGCGAGGGAGCUGCUCGCGCGCCCCAGUCCGCACCGGGCGCUGAUCCUCCUCUGCUCGCAGAAGACCCGCGACGCGCGCUGCGGACAGAGCGCGCCGAUCCUGCGCAAGGAGCUGGAACGCCACCUGCGGCCCCUGGGCCUGUUCCGCGACCUCGACGACGAGCGGCCGGGCGGCGUGGGCGUUUAUUUUAUUAGUCACGUCGGCGGGCACAAGUACUCGGCCAACAUGAUGGUGUACCGCCGGCCGGACGCGUUCGGCGUCGACGGCGUGGAGAGGGGCCGGUUGGGGCCCGGUGAAGAGGUGCGGGUUGUGCAGAAGACGGUUGCGAAGAAGGCGACGGAGGCGCCUGUUGUUGCGACUGCUGGGGAGGGUGCACAAGAAAAGGAGAGUGGGGUGGAGAAGGUAGAAGGGGCGGAAGAAGCAGAAGCAGACGUCGGCGCCGCGCAGUGCAUAUGGCUCGCGCGCGUCAGGCCCGAGGACUGCGAGAACAUCGUCAAGUUCACGGUGCUGCAGGGCAAGGUCGUCAAAGCUGACAGCCAGCUGCGGGGCGGGUUUGAUCGCGGCAAGGGGUUGUUGAGUUGGUGA